AUGGCACUCGACUAUCUCCCCUCAUGGGGCCAACUCCCCGUCGAGCAAUAUCUAAUCGAAUCCUGGAACUACGCGUCUACCGAACAACCACCCGCGCAGCGCGCACGCCUAGUCAAGCAGUUCCUAAACCUCGACUUCAACUCAGACUGGGACCCAACAAACUGUGCUACCAACCCAGACGCUCAGCCUGUCCGUGUUCCGACCGAAGAAGAAAUAUCUAUAAUCUUGCGCCCCUGGCGGUCCGGUAACAUACGUCGACGAGCCUGGCGCGUUUGGGAGGUUUACAACAAUGGGGACGGUAACAACCCACUCCUAUUGAGGACGUGGUAUAACCCUGCUGAUGACGAGCGCGUGGAGAGCUGGGCGACGAUGUCGGAGGACUUCGCUGAUGACGCGGAUUGGGCGCUUCUAGAUGACCACGCCGUCUUUGAUUUUGGAGUCGGUCCCUGGCAACAGGUGCUCGAGAUCCUGCCGGAAAUUGCUAUUCCUUUUGCGCAAGACACCCCGCCUGAGAAUAUCCGCCGAAAAGACUGGCGUGCGGACAUGGAUAACUAUACUUCCUACUCUCGUUUUAAGGAAGGAUUGAACGCGGUUAAGCGGUCGAACCCAUCGUGGAGAAACGACUUGAAUAUUCUCGUCAAAGAGAACGCUCGCGCACGAGGUUUCUUACAUUAUACAUCAAUGAGCUAUAUUUUGAUCGCGGAUAAAGAGACCUUUGAGACUGACCACUUCUUACUCGCUUAUCUCGAUGCGAAGGGAAGAGUUAUAAUGCAGGGCCGGAUUCUUGUUGAUGGGGAUAGACUAACUCAAGUUUCAACAGAGUUGUUUCAGGCAAUUCCUCCAAUGGAGGUUUUCGAGGAGGGUACGCUUGGUCCAGACUAUGUCGUGGCUGCUGGGAAUGCAGGAGAUCGUGAGGUGUAUCACUGGACCAGGGAGGAUUUGGAGGAUGAUCCGCCGCUUGGUGAUGAAGGUGAGGACUAG